AAAGCCUUUUCUGCUGCCUCAUCCCCAGCACUUUUUCCCCCACCUCUUCUCUUCUUCCUUCUCUCAUCUCUCUCUCCCUUAUUUUCCAAUUCUCUUAUCGGAAAAAAAUUCAUAAAAAAACCGGAAAACCUACAAAAAAACUAAAGUAUAACUCCCCCUCUGAUCCCCUCAUUCUCGUGAUCUCGUGGUAUAUUCUGUCACUUUUUUUUUCCCACACUACUUGCGGACUGUGCGGUGCGGUGUGUGUGUGUGCGUGUUGUGUGGGCGUGCUUGCAGCUGGAGAAAUCUUUCCACUCAGACACUUCCAUCCAAUUUCAUCUCCCUUUCUUGCUGUCCACUGUCGACUACUCUCUAUCCACCACUUUGUGUGAUAGUGUGUUGUUUUGCUUUUUGACUUAACCGCGGUCCUCUGCUUUCCCGUCCUCUCGACUGUCUUCGAUAGACCUGCCUGGUGCUCAUCUAGGUCGUACGUUUGUCGCCUUGACUCUGAUCAUUAAUCCUCCUCCUCACUACCCCAAACCACGCUUGUGCUUGCUUUUCCAUCACUUUGGUGGACAGCAGCUGCCUUCGUGACACCGCGCAUUUGCUCAUACUUGUCGUUCUGUGUGCUUCGUGAUUGUCGCCAAUGGUUGAUGCUAUACUUUGUAUCUUGUGAUUCUCGCUUACAGCCGAAACCCUGUGAAAACAACACGCUUAUCCUGCCGCUUUCGC